UCAAAUUAAGAGAAGAACUUCAACAUGAACUAUUUAAAUAUAAAACCAACAAAAAGAGGAAAAACAAAAUUAUUAGGUAUAAGAGUAAUAUAGAGAACCUAAAAAAUUUUUUAAAAGAUAACAACUUAUUAAUUGUCAAAGCGGAUAAAACGAAACAAAUAAUAAUACUGAGUAAGGAUCAAGAUGAAACCAUCUACAGGCAAUUACUUAAUCAAAAUACGUAUACGGAACUUACUAACAACCCUAUUGACUCGCUCACCAAGAAAUUAAAAACUACCCUUGAAAAACUUGAAAAACAAAAUCUUAUUAAUGCGGCUGAAAAGCAAUUUGUCUUAAGAAAUGAUAAUAGAAUACCGAAGUUUUCCUAUAGAGUCAAAACUCAUAAAGAUCCUAUUACUUAUAGACCUUUAGUAGACAUAAAAGGCUAUAUAUUUUACAACCUCGAAUUACUUCUAAAGGAGAAAUUAAACGUUUUAGAGAAGUCCCUUCAUAGUAUAAAUAGUACCGAUAACUUCAUACAAAAAUUAAAUACUGUAACGUUUAAACCAAGCUAUAGGCUAGCCUCACUUGAUGUACGCAACAUGUAUCCAUCGAUAAAGCAAAACAGAAUCUUAAAAACUUUGAAGACCUACAACUGUAACCAAUGGAUCAUAGACAUGACAACCCUUGUGUUGGAAAACAACUACUUCAAAAACGAAGGGAAAUUCUAUAGGCAAAAUGAUGGUAUCCCGAUAGGUUCGGUAAUAGGCCCCGUUUUAGCUGAUCUCAGCAUGACCGACAUUGAUAAAAAGGUUGCAAGCAUUACGGGCAUAAAAAACCUUCAACGCUAUGUGGAUGACUGUUUCAUUGUUUAUGACAGUAACAUUAUAAACACUAACCAGAUUCUAGCCCUUGUUAAUGAAAUAGACCCUAAUAUAAAAUUUGACUUAGAACCUGAAAUUAACUGCCAGUUACCUUUCCUUGACAUCCUCGUCACUAGGCUUAACAACAAAACCACCUUUAAAAAAUACAAAAAACCUUGCACCGUUGACAGUAUCAUACACUACACUUCUGAGGUACCCUCUUACAUAAAGAAAAACAUUUUUUACAUGUACAUUGACAAAAUUGUACAACGCACCACUAGUGAAACUGAUAGAACUGAGGAAAUACAAGAUGUAAUAAAGACAUUUUUAAUGAAUGGUUACAACAAAAGCACACUCAACAAAUGGCUCAAUAUCAAAGGUACUAAAAAACACAAAAACAAUAACACCACUCAAAAAUAUUUUAAAAUUCCAUAUGAACAAAACUUAUUUGAAAGAAUCAAAUCCGUAUCACAUAAUUAUGGUAUAACCUUAGCACCAGAAAAGUUUCCCUGUUUAAAUUACAAGAUAAACCCACAUAGUACUAAUAAUAAUACUAAUAUAUGGGACCAAAAAAACAUAAUUUACAAACUCAGCUGUAACUGCACUAAUCCAAAGUCUUAUAUAGGUGAAACUGGUAGAAAUCUGAAGACCCGAUUUAAAGAACACAUAGCCGCAAUUAAAUAUAAUAAUUGUAACUCAGCUGUUGCUGUUCAUUGUAACAAUGAAGGUUGUCAAAUCUUAAAAGAAAGUGUAAAAAUUGUCAAAAAAGAAUUACAUACACAGAAAAGGAGGUGGUAUGAACAUCUUGAGAUCCUUAAAAACAAAGACAGUGUAAUGAAUAAUAAUAUUGGUCAAAAACUACAUGAAACUUGGUAUCCAUACUUGACCAAAAGAAACUCAGAAGGGGGUGUCAAUAGCACUUAAUUAAUGUGUUAGAUUUCGGCACCCAGCAGGGCACCCAUAUGUCUCACUUUCCCUUCCUCCUCCACUCUUCUACAAUUCCCUAACCCCUCAAAACACCUGUUUUUUUCGAUCCCCCUUCCCUUAUGUCCACCCCACCCACUACCUCUCUCCUCCUUCUCAAGGGGAUGCCUUCCUAAUGCAUCCUCUCCCACUUACAAUUUAUGGACCAUCCCACCCUAGGAAACUCUACUGUAAACUAAAACAAUCUGUUUUUGUUCCCUCCUUUCUGAUUCUGUUAACUCAACAUUGUGUCAUGCUUACUGGGAUAAUUUUUUUCAACACUAUGUACCAGGCCGUCACGUUUGCUCUGGUACCGGUUAAGUAAUAAUCACCAUCCAUAUUUUUUCUAAUGUCACAACUCCUGCGUUUCUCAUAGUCCAUGUAAGUCUCAUGUAUGUUCUUUUACAAUUUUAUAACAUUAUUGUAAAAAAUUUUUUACUAAUUUGUACCCGUUAUGCUAAUUUUUCCUGCAUAGUUGUAACACGAGUUGAAAAGGGAUAGAAUUAUCCGAAAUGCAUUCUCAAAUAAAUAAAAAAUUUUUCUAAAGUUUGUUUUCCAUUUCAUUGAUGGUGUAAUAAGUCUAGUGAAAAAGAAAAGCCGUCUUAGAGCUCGUAUAUUU